AUCCUUUUAUCCUUUUAUCCUUUUGAACCCUACAUGCAUCACUGCAUCACUGCAUCACUGAACCACUGGAACCAGAGCAACAACAACCAGGGGACCAGCUACCAGCCUCCCUCCCGCCGUUCCACCAUAAGCUAACGGCCCGGCAACCAAAGCGGUCAGAAUUUAUUGCCAAAUCACAGUCAGCACGACAGGCAGUGAAGUUCCGUAUACUAAUCCCAGCCGAACCUCACUCCAUCAUCCCAAGUCACCUUUGGUAACGGAGUGUACGACGCACAACGCACCACAAACCUCCCAAACGACCCCCAAAACACUCUUCGAGUCAACUUUCCAAGACUCGAUUUUCUUCCCGCGACAUCCCGACAAAACUCCACUCUGUCCUCUUUCCAACAAACGCCCUUCGCGGUCGGAGCUCACGAGACUCCAGUCUCGUCCGUGCGACGACCCCACCAAUUCCGACGCAGAAUACCCACAGAAAACUCACGAUGCUCAGCAACAGCAACGGCGCUGCUGCAGCACUCUAUGCCCGGAAUGGCAGCGUGAGCGGCGGUGGACCUCCAGCCGAAAUCCCUCUGUACCGACAUAUGAGCUCUGGGAGCCUCAACAUCCCGAAUGGACUGGGGCAGCCGAAUGGGAACGGUCAGUCGCAGGCAGCUGGAGCCAUGGCGCCGGGUGGCAGGUUUGAAGGGCCGCGGAGCCCGCCGGGAAAACAGAACACAUCGCAUGUGCCUUGCAAGUUCUUCCGCCAAGGCGCGUGCCAGGCGGGGAAGGCGUGUCCAUUCAGUCACGACCUCUUGAGCACUACUGAUAACGUGUGCAAGUACUUUGCAAAGGGCAAUUGUAAGUUUGGACCGAAAUGUGCCAACAUCCAUGUACUACCAAACGGGCAACGAGUAAACUACCACAAGGGAGGGCCGAUUGGAAUUGGCGGAUUAAAUCUCGGUGGACGUGUGCAUCCGGAUCAGUAUCACAGUCAGAGUUCGGCUUUGACCAAUUCUCUAUACCGCGCAAAUAUGGGAGCGCAACCUCCGUUUGGCGCGCCUUACUCGCCCUUUGCGAACCAAGACGAGGGCUUCCCCCGUGGUGGCAUGGAUAUUGGUGUGCCGACGAUUGACACGAGUUAUGCGUCGUAUCCCGGGUCCGCGUACGGCUCGCCUCGAGACGAUGACUUGCAGAGUCGGUUCGGACUUGGGUUGUCGCCUGUCCCGGCAAAGGGACUGAGCGUCUUAGACGCUCCGCUACCUGCGUCCUUUGACAGCAAUGGGGUCUCGUGGAUCGCAAGACAUGGACCGGUAGCAGCGUCUGUCCCUUCAAAGUUUGGUCUUGAGUCACCACCACCGUCGCUGGGAUUCGCAAAGGACGGAAGGACAUCUGAAGCCCUCAAAAACCUAUACAGCUCCGCGUUCGGCGACGACACGCGCGAUAGCUUCCACGGAGCUGCCUCCCCUCCGGCUCCUCUCGCUGACGAAUACUUCGGAAAGCGAAUCAUGCAUUCCCAGCGUUUUGCAAGACAGAAGAUCAUGUCAGCUAGUCUGCCAAAGGCAGGGCUGGCAAUCGACAAGGACUGGGACAACGAUUUUACUUUCGAGGAAGAUUAUCUACCAGACAACCUUAAGGAGCUUCUAACUCCACAGGAGAAAGCGCGGAGAGGAUCCAGGAACGCCGAAGAGGAGAGCAGGCCUGUUUACAGCUGCAACGGGACACCAGACGCAUCAAGCAAGUUCGGGUCUCCAUCAAACGCGAGCCCUUCACGAUGGGGCCCGCUAUUCCAGCGCCAACAGCGCGAAGAGGAAGAAAAAGUUUCCCGAGCCUCAGUCUUCGGCCACGUCGGCUCCCCACUCCGCAACUCAUCUCUAUCAUCCGCCUCCAUACCCGCCGUUAGCCGCUCAGCUGCCGCCUCCGGCGACGCUUCCCCCUACGUGGCAUCCCCAUCCCGCCAAUCCUCUAUGUCCAUAAUCUCCCAACAACUCCAACGCACGCGUCUCGGCCGUACCGAGUCCGCCGGUGCCGAGACCAGCCUCCUCCCAGCAGUUCAGCGCGUGACUAGCAACCCGAUAGGUGCACCUACACGCCCUGAUCGGGCUGCUAGUGGCGCGAGCAUCGGCGCGAGUUUGGCUGCUGGAAGAGUCAACAUGCCGAUUGAUGAGGAGCAAGGCGAUUUCGUGUUCAGCAUGGAGGAAGAGGAGGAUAAGGAGCGCGAAAGCACCAAGAGGGGUAGCGGCGGUGGAUGGAAUUACCCCGUUGGCGCUAGGAGCCCGCAUAGGGCGAAUGGUGGUCGCAAUGGGACGACGAGCGGUGGUGGGAUGGAGGGUAUGUUUGGGGUGACUAGGUGAUGGGGGGGGUGGCAUUAUCAAAAUGGGAAGGGGAUGUUGAAAAGGAGUACAAAGCAUGAAACUAUAACUAACAAUCACUAUGUUUGUGGAUGCAUCAAGCGACGUGUUGGGACGAAUCUGGUACUGGGAUUUGGCGAUCUAGGGUGUUUGUUUUUAUCUGGCAUGGCUUUUUUUUUAUUUAAUGUAUUAUAUUUAUAUAGGGUCGCAAGGGUUGGUUGGGCUGUUAAUAUAUAUAUCCGAAUAUGCGGACAGGGACAAAUGGUCAUGAUAUAUAUAUCUUCCUCCAAGCCAAGGACAACUUUUGUCGUGACAAAUAGUGUUACUGUGAAGGC